UCCCUUCCACCGUCUCGGCGCCCGCCCGCGGCAGCCAUGGGGGCGCGGCUGGGGCGGCGGGCAAGGGCAGCGGCCGGCUCAGAUGCCCCUGCGGCGACAGGGGCCGGGCCCGCGCCCUACGAGCGCCGGGUGCGCUGGCUGCGAGAGAUCCAGUCCACUCUCCGCGAGCGGCGGCCGGAGCGCGCCCGGCAGCUGCUGCGCCUCCUGCGCCAGGCGAGAGAAGGAGCGGGGCGGCCCGGGAUUGCGGGGGACCUGGGCCUUGAAGGGAACCUCCUCACUGACAUCCUCUACAGGAAUGUGGCUUUGCUUAACCUGGUGGACCCCAUCUCCCAUGACUUGCUGGUGAACCUGGCCCGGGACCUGCAGUGUCCCAAGAAGGACCACGAGCCCUGGAAGUCAUCCGAUAAGAUCUGUCGGCAGCUCAUCUACCACCUUACCCCUCACUCCAAGCGAAAGCCCCACAGGAAAACCCAAAACAGCCUCAAGAGCAGCCUCCAGAAGACCCCGCUGGUAGGGGAGACCGUGGACCUUUCCGGCAUCCCGCUAUCCGCCCGAGAUGUGCAGCACAUAACACGCUACCUGGGCAGCCAUGGUGUGGAGCUGGUGGUUUUAGACCUGAGCUUCACGGAGCUGAGUGAUGAGCUACUGCACCGCUUGCUGCCCAGCCUUUGGGCUCUGCCCCGCCUCACCCAGCUGCUGCUCAAUGGCAAUCGGCUGACGCGAGCGGCUGCCCGGGAACUCACCGAGGCUAUCAAGGACACCACCAAAUUCCCUGUGUUGGCCUGGAUAGAUCUGGGAAACAACGUGGACGUGUCCUCACUGCCCCAGCCGCUGCUGGUUGGCCUGCGACGGCGCCUGAGUCAGCACACCUCGCUCCCUACCAUCUACGAGGGGCUGGACCUUGAGCCUGGGGGAGGCAUGGCUGAGACCACUGGGGCCGUCUCCACCUGGGGCUCUGCGGCUCCUGAGCCAGGACCAGAGCCGCAGGGCUGCUGUGCUAGGUGACUAACGACUGGUCUGGUUCACUGCUACUGAGUGAGGUCUUUUAAGAACGAGGUAUUGGGGGCCCUCCAUGUCCCACAGAGAGACAGUGGAAAUGCUCGACUUGGGGUGAAGCGGUGGAAGAAGGGGUUCACGGAAGACAGGCCAGCCAGCCCAGGCUCAGGGCUCCACCUCACCCAGCAAAGAGGGGCCCCAGCACCCAUAGCCCAGACCUUCCAGGAAAGGAUGGUAUCCCUCGCCUCAGGCUUUAUAUACCACCGACUUCAGACUCACUGAGCUCCAGGCUUGCUGCAGAGGUAGGAAAACCCCACCUGCCCAGAGCGGGUGGACCUCACAGCCAUACUGGUGGCCCCUUGGCGCUCACUGGCAGGACUCCGUGGAAACCAAGGUGCAGGGGUCAUGGGUUCAAUGGUGUGGGCUUAGGAGUCAGAGGAGACACGACAUCUGGGCAGCAUUUGAGUUCUAUAUAUUUGGGGACUUUAGGGGGGGCAGGUCGGGAGUCACAGGCAGGCGGAGCUCUGCAUGGAGCCCCACAGCAAGUGCCAUCAGGGCCCUUCAGUGUACACUGGGCUGGGGACAAGGCUUCACACACCAAAGGCAAGGCCACAGUGGUUCUGAGGGGGUUGACACUGUGUUUGUCUUCCACAGGGCACAGCACCGCCCACUCUCCCCAGCUCCAGGCCCUAGGCUUCCUGUAGAGGGUGAGGAGAUCUGGCUGGCUAGAGAUGAAGAGCUACAGUGUUUUCUCUAGUUCUGGGGUCACACACGGCAUGUAAGGGGUGUGGGUGGGCCUAGCUAGCAACCGGAGUUACAGACUUAAGGGUAUCUCUAUAGGGAGUUACUGUCUUCCUACCCCAAAUCCCUCAAGGUGGAUUCCUAACUAGAAGCCUCAUGUCUGGUCACCCUCCUUGCCCCAUUUAGGAGACUAGAGUUUUUAGCUCAACCAGGAGAUAGGCAGAGCAUGUGGAGAAGGGACUCAGAGAAGCCCAGGGUGGCGAAGCCAGUGGCCUAAGUCCUCUGUGUAGAGCUAAGACUUAAGGCCUGGUGACAGCAGAGAGACCCAGCAACAGAGGGCAGCCUCAGGGACAAGGUAAAGGCUGGGGUUGGGGGAUUCGCCCUGGACCCGUGUGCCCAGAGCCCACCAGUUCUGACCCCCCCCCCCAACUCCCUGUCUGUCUCCAAGUGGACUAUGGACAGUACAUUUAGCACCCCUCCAAAAAACCAUCAAUUCCAGCACAUCCCCAGACCAGUGGCCAAGAAGGGAGAGGGCUGGAUUACAUCAGCUCCUAGGCCAGGGAGAGAGGUCAGGUGAGGAAAGGGAUUUCACCUCAUGCCCCACUGCUUCAGACAGCUGCUUCUCAGGGGGCAGGGAGAAGAGAGCAGGGCCUCCGGCUCUGCUCUGCCCUUGCCGGGGGACCUGGCCAGGUCCUCUUCUUCUUUGGGCCUGGGACCCAACUUCCCCCUCUCUGUUAAACAGAACUUGCUAUCCUGGAUCCUGGCGCUCAGAGCUUCAUCUAGAGGUACUAACCUCCCCCUCCCCCCCCCCCCCCCCCAUCCGCCCUCCUCUCCUGCUUGUUUUAAAGACAUGGCUUGGAGUUACGAACUUUCACUGUGCCUUACCCACUCAGGACAAGGAUUUGGGCUUUCUGGAGCCAGACAAAGCAGAGUGGAGUACGGGCCAGCAGAGGAGGAAGGGAGGGCCAGCUUUGGGCCCAGCAGACUGAUAACCCCAUCACAUGCUCAGGCAGUCAAGUUCUCCCUGUACCUCUUUGCUGUAGGAAAGCAGAGCUCAGGGUCUCCCCUGCCCUUCUUACUUUGUGCCCACAGCUGGCCUGAAGCCAGCCCACAUACCUUUAGAUAUCCCCGUGCAGCGACAUUCCUCCUAGGAUGAUGGGUGAGGACUGGAGCCAGGUGUCCCAGGCAGUUUCCAGGCAAAUCCAGGUGGCAGCAGAUGGUCUCAAUUUCUCCACCUUUUGGAGGCAUGUGAUGCAAUAGCUGAGCCGGAUUCUGCAACGGCUUUAGGAGAUGUGGGCAAAGUUGAUCUUGCUGCUACGCAAGUGGUCCUGACCCUUCACGGAAUUCUCACGACUACCAGCAGGGAGAUUCCAUGGGCAGGGACGGAGAUUUCCAGAAGUGAGGGCUGUGUCUCUGUGCUACUGUAACAGAACACCACAUCCUGGUAAUUUAUAAACAACAGAAGUUUACUUAGCUCGUGGUUCUGGAGGCUGGGAAGUCUGACAGAAGGAGUCCAUCUGGUGAGGGCUUCCUUGCUCUGUCAUUGUAUGUAUCACACGCCUAGAGAGCACGAGAGCGGCCCCACUGUGGCAAUCAGGACGACUUCCAUCAUGAGGGCAGAGCCCUGCUGACCUAAUCCCUCUUCAAAUCAUCUCUCUUACCUGUUGGGUUUUCAGUGCAUGCAUUCUGAGGGAGGCAGGCAUUCAAGCCUGUAGUAUGCUUCAUUCAGCUUGGUGGUGAAGAGAGCAUCGGCCAGGAGAGAAGGAAGCAUGUGGGGCCUUGCUCCGGUGCCAACUUGGAGACCUACAAACCCAUCCAUCCACGGUCCAGAUCCAUCACUUCCUGUCAGUGUGGUCCAUUUGGGAACUAAGUACAAAAAUCCUCCUUGUCCUGCUGAGGUGAGGAGGGAAUGAGGUUUGAAAAGAGCCUGCCAUAUGGGGGGUACAGGCCAGCUUACUGUAGUGUUAGUGAGUCCAUCCAGGCUCUCUGUGUGGUGAGGUUUGGCAAGAGGUAGGCUGCAAACACAUCUGUCUGUCUAUCAUUUAUCUAUCUAUCUACUAUCUAUCUAUCUAUCUAUCUGUCUAUCUAUCUUCAUCAUCAUCAUCAUAUAUGUAUGUAUGUAUGGAUCGAUCUGUCUACUAUAUCUGUGUACUGUAUGUAUGUAUGUAUGUACCUGUCUAUCUAUCUAUCUAUCUGUGGGAGCCCGUUCUCGGGUUCCUCGUGGCUUUACCCAGCAGGUCCACAUAGAGGAUGAUUAGGACCACGGGCCUGAGUGCAGGUGUCUGGGAUGGUCUGCACUUGGCUGUGCUGGGGGAGGAGGUCUUUUGUUCCACCCCUUGGCGUCUCUAUAAAAACCCUGGGGCAGAGACAGUCGGGGGCCGUUGGAAUAGGUUCCAGACCCUCUCAAGGCUAUCCUUUAUUUUCUAUCUGUUCAUCUCCGCAAGAUUCUCCGCAAUAAAUCCUUCUAUCUAAUAUUUCCUGCUGCUCGCACUCAAGAAAACCCUGGGGAACUGUGGGGGUGGUGGGUAAAUGCCCCACAUCUAUCUAUCUAUCUAUCUAUCUAUCUAUCUAUCUAUCUAUCUAUCUAUCUAAUCUAUCUUCAUCAUCAUCAUCAUAUAUGUAUGUAUGUAUGGAUCGAUCUGUCUACUAUAUCUGUGUACUGUAUGUAUGUAUGUAUGUAUGUAUGUACCUGUCUGUCUGUCUAUCUAUCUAUCUAUCUAUCUAUCUAUCUAUCUAUCUAUCUAUCUAUCUAUGCACUGAAGCACACUAGGCAAGUGCUUUUUCACUGCACUCUACCCCAGCUCUCCAUUGAUUCACUUACUCAUUUAGCCAGAGUCUUGUGAUGCAGCCUACCCUGGGCUUGACCAUUGAAUCAUCCUGCUUCCACCUUCUGAGUGCUGGAGUGACAAGCCCGUGCCACUGUGUCUAGCACAGCCUUUCUGAGAGUCCAGAAUCUGGCAACUGGCCCCUGCUGCACCGAGGUCUCUCUGGGUGGCGAGGGAAAGCACACUUGUCCUGGGAGACCGUUGCCGAUUGCCACCACCACGACUGUCAUCUCCACCAACAGAAACCUCCAGUAUUUUCUUCCCAACUGCAGAUUUCUUGUUGUUGUUUGGAAACAGUCAUUUAUUUAAAAAGCAAGCUGUUAUGAGCUGGGUGUGGUGACACAUGCCUGCAGGCCAGCCUUGGCUAUGUAAUAAGCAUCCGUAAAAUUGCAACAUAAUAAAGCAAACACACUGUGACAAGUUUAAAGUGUGCGCCAUAGUUUUGUCAUAUUUACACAGACAUGAAAACCACGGCAGUAAAUGUGUCUGUCACCCCAAGCUUGCGGUGUUCCCUACUGACUCCCUUCCACUGCUACCUCUCAGAAACCAUUGGUCUGUGUUAUGCCCCAUAAAUUAGUUUCCAUUUUCUAGAUUUUAGACCAGCUUAUGGGAUCAUACAAAUAUACCCUCUCUCUCUCUCUCUCUCUCUCACAUAUAUAUAUAUUAAAAACAGCAUAAUUAUUUUGAGACUCACCUAUAUUAUUGUAUGUAUCAAGAAUUGUGUUUUGAAUAGUAUUUCAUGGGUGUACCAGAGUUUAUCCAUGAAUCUGUUGAUGGAUAUUUGGUUGUUUCUAGAUUCUGGCUAUGACGGAUAAGGCUGCUAUGAAAAUUCAUGUACUAGCUGUGGCAUGAGCAUUUCAUUUCUCUAGUAAGCACCUAGGAAUGUAUAUUAAUUAGUCUUUCAUUGCUAUGAGAAAAUACCUAAGAAAAACAACUUAGGAGAGGAAGAAUUUGUUUGUUAUUUCAAGGGUGUCUGACCAUGAUAACUUGGUCUCUUGGGCCUGAGCGAAGGCUGAACAUGUUCAAGCAAAGCCAUUCACCUUGUGGCUGCUGGAAAAGAGAGAAGAGGUUAGGGGAGGAAAAGAUAGACUCUGGGUGAGCUUCUUCCUCCAAUAACCCAUCCGACUGUAAACCCAUUGAUGAGUUAGCCCACUAAUAAUCCAGUCACCUCUGUGGAGCAUCACCAGCUGUGAAGCAAGCCAUCAGUAUAUCAGCCUUUAGGGGCCACAGUUCAUAUCCCAACCACCUAGAGUAGAACGGCUAGGUCACAUGGCAGGUGUCUCUAACACUUUAAGAAAGUGUCGCCAGGCGGUGGUAGCACACGCCUUUAAUCCCAGCACUUGGGAGGCAGAGCCAGGCAGAUCUCUGUGAGUUCGAGGCCAGCCCGGGCUACCAAGUGAGUUCCAGGAAAGGCACAAAGCUACAUGGAGAAACCCUGUCUCGAAAAACCAAAGGAAAAGAAAGAAAGAAAGAAAGAAAGAAAGAAAGAAAGAAAGAAAGGAAGGAAGGAAGGAAGGAAGGAAGGAAGGAAGAAAAAGAAAGAAAGAAAGAAAGAAAGAAAGAAAGAAAGAAAGAAAGAAAGAAAGAAAGAAAGAAAGAAAGAAAGAAAGAAAGAAAGAAAGUGUCACACUGAUUUGCAAGGUCUUCAUAUAAUUUCACAGUCUUACCAGCAAUGUGCAGGAUUUCAGGUCCUCCCCUUUAUAGUUGCUAACUGAAAACAUUGAUAAUUAUUAGUGUGGUGUGUAGGGGUGGGUGGGUACAUGUUCCACAACGCACAUGUCGGGGUCAGAAGACAAGUAUAUGGACUUAGUUUUUUCCUUCAAUUCCUACAUGGGCUCCAGGAAUUGAACUCAUUACCAGGCUUGUACAGCAAGCUGCUGGCCCUAUGGUUUUUAAUUUAAUUUCACUAUUGUCUGAGAAUGCAGUAUGGCUCUGUACUGUUGGAAUUUUUUAAUUAAUUUUACAGCUCACCAUAUGGCCAAUAUUGGUAAAUGCGUGUGCUUGUAAAGAAUGUAUAUUUUAUUGCUCCUGGGUAAAAGUGUUAAUCAAAGUCAGGAUGAUGAUAGUAUUGUUUAAGUCUAGGCUAUGCUUGCAGAUUUUCUCUCUGUUUAUUUUAUCUGUUGAGAGGGAACACUGAAGUCUCUGACUAUAAUUGUGGAUUUGUCUAUUUCUUACUGAUGUUCUACCAUUUUUUUUUUCUGUGUAUGUUCUGAAGAUUAAUUAUUGGGAGCAUACAUGUUUAAGUCUGUCAUGGACACCUUGAUUAACUGCCUUGCUAUCAUUAUGAAAGGACCUUAUCAUAGCCUGGUGGUAUUUCUUCUUCUGAAAUGUGCCUAACUGAUAUUAAUUAGCCACAUGAUACUUAACAAUCACAGCUAGACUGUUAUUAAUGGCUAGGUUUUAUGUCAACUUGAUACAAGCUAGAGUCAUUUUGGAAGAAGGAAUCGGUUGAGAAGAUGUGCCCACCAGAUUGGCCUAUACACAAGACUGUGGUACAUUUUGUUAAUUCGUGAUUGAUGGGGGAGAGCCCAGCCCAUUGUGGGUGGGGUCACCCCUGGGCUGAUGGUCCUGGGUUCUAUAAGAAAGCAGGCUGAGCAAGCCAUGAGGAGCAAGCCAGUAAGCAGCUCCCCUCCAUAGCUUCUGCUUCAGCUCCUGCCUCCAGAUUCCUGUCCUGACUUUCCUCAGUGAUGGACUGUGAUGUCGAAGUGAAAGCUGAAAUAAACCCUUUGUCUCCAA